AUGUUAUUCUUUGACUUUGGUGCGGAGCAAAACUUUUCCAAUGAAAACACAUUGAUCAAACGGGUGAGUAAUGUGAUGCCUUGAGGGAGGGGUUAUACCACUAUAAGUUGAAUUUUUAAAAGAUGUGUUACAUAAGGUUGAGGUUUCGAUUUAAAAUCGGAAGUAUAGGGUCUUCGGGCUAUAGUAAAAAUUUAUUUUUAUAAGAAUUUUAAAAUUGGAUUACUGUAAAAAAUGAAUUUAAAAUUUUUUUUUGGUUUUAGAAUUUUUGUAGCUACAUCAAUAUAUUGAGCUCUAAUGACUAAACUAGAAGUUAGAAAUGUACGAAAAUUUGCAUAAAUAGACUUUAGACUAUAGCGAACACUUUUGUAAUAAUAAAUUUGUAGAUUUGAUUACUGUAACAUUCUGAAAAUGAACUUUCUUCAGAAAUAUAAUCUUUUCAAACUCUAUUUUUGUCUUUUUUUAAAUUUUUUAAAAAUAUAAAUUGAAAUUUUGAUGAUAAUUUUAAAAUUAAAAAAUUGUCGUUUAAAAAAUGUCAUUUUUAUCAAAAAAUGAAAAAUUAUUUGAGAUUUCAACUAAAAUGUAACAGGUAUAUGAAAAUGAUGACAGAUUGCUUCUGGGUUAAAUAGUUGUAUGCGUUGGGUCAUUAAUAACAUCUUCAGGUAGUUUUUUAGACAAAAGUGCAGACAUUUUUAUCAUUUUUGGUGUAAUGUUGGUUUAACAGUAAUAACAUGGACUGUACUAUGACUUACUUAAAUAACGAUAGGUAGGAACAUAGGAAUAGCUAUAGGUUUAAGUACAUAUUAAGUUGUUCAACUGAUUCUGUGCUUCUAACCUUAAAAAUUUUCUUAAAGAAGGUGCACAAAAUUAUUUGAACAAAUUAUUAUAAUAUAAAAAUGUGUUUAUACUCAUACUUUAAUCUUACUAAAUCAUGUAAUUUCAGUUACUACGAAUCACCUUCCCUUUCAUCUUUGUUUACAGUCUUCUAGCCUUAUACAUAACCCUAGGCGCCCACUUAUUCUACUAUACUGACGAUGAAAUGGCUAAGAGUGGGAUUGCUAAUCUAUCCAUAUUCGCCUUCACCGCCAUAGCUACGAUUGGUUAUGGCAACAUUUACCCAACAAAUGAUGACAGUAGGCUACUGUGUGUAAUAUACAGCCUACUUGGUAUUCCGUUGUGUUUGGUAUGUUUGGAUUCGACAGUAAAGACAUUUGCAAGGUUGCACUGGCUGCUGGAUAAUACAGUACGACGAGUACGACACGUGUGGUUUCGAGGAGAGAUACGAUUGCCAUUUGGUGUCGCGGUGGGAUUGGUAUUAUCGUCGUUUAUGUUCAAGGCAUUGUGCUUUGAUAAGAGGUUUCAUUUUACAUUGGAGGACUUGUACUUUUGGUGAGUUACUGUUGUAUUAUAUACCAGAAAAUUGUCUUUACUAUAGCGCUACAGUACAUUAUUUUGUUAUGGGUUAGGUAAAACAAGGUAUGGGUAACAGAAGGUUAAGGCAAAUUAGAGUAGGACAAUGGUGCAGAGUAAGCUGAUAGUUGAUACUGUAGAGUAUGGUAGUACAAGACAGGGCAGCGUAAGUUAGAGUAUAGUAAGAUAGGGUAGAGUAGGAAGCUAAGCUAGCCUAGGGUAUUAUAACAGCCAAAUAAUUUAAAAAUCAACCUUAAAAGCCUAAUUUCUAACAAUUUCAGCAUUGUCAGCUUCUCUACGGUUGGUGAGUUUUUAAUAUGUUGUAGUUGUUUCACUUUUCUUUUGCGUGUAACUUACCUAAUUUAGUUAUCUAAGGUCUGGGUGAUAUUUAUGUGACAUCUCGGUCGAAUUCUGGAGCUGUUUUGAAGAUUGUCUUCCUAAUAUAUGGCACGAUAUGCACAUCGGCAUUUUUUGCCGUUAUGGGACAGUGGUACUUGAGGAUGUUUAGGGUGAGUUUUGUCAUCUUUGGGUAUAUCGUAGUAGCUUGGGUAGAAAAGAGUGUAUUUCUGAGGAGUUUUGGAUAAUAUUGUCGUUGAGUUUAUAAAACUUAAAAUAGUUUUCAAAAAUUUUUUAAAAUUAAGCAGUGUAUUGUACAUAGUAGUAGGGUGGAUGGAUAUUUAACGAAAAUUAUUCCAAGAAUUUGAACCUUUAUGCAGUAAUAUUGUAGUUGUAAAACAUUUUAUAACCUUUUUUGGUUGUGUCGUAAAUUACCCAAUUUUAGAGACGGAAAAAGAAUGUUCCUAUCGACGGAUACCUAAUUGUGGGCGACAGACAAGUUCGACUCAAAAAGCUACUUUUACAAAUGAGCACAAAACUAAAUGUAAGCCGAACUUAUUGAUUUUACAGUGUAAAGUAUUUUUUUCCAUUUGAAAUGUUAAAAUUUUGAAAAAAGUGAAUUCUCUAUUUUUUGCACGGUGCACUCAAUAAAAAACUUUUUGAAGGUAUAAACGAAGAAAAUGUAAAAUAGGUUUUUUUAAUUCUUUCGAGAUUCUACACUAUUUUUCAUACUAUACGAUUUCAAAUUUGAGCUUUUAAGUACUUUUCCAGAUUUCGCCUUCUGAACUAAAGACGGUGAUAAAGGAAAUGAAGGAACUCAUCGAAAUCUCCGAACAAUAUUGA